AUGUCCGACGGAACCAACUUCGCGCCUCCUCAGCGGCCGGCACCGAACGUCUCUUCCAUCCGUACUCCUCUAACGCCCGCCUCGACACAACCUGCGCGUUCCCGUCCAUCGCCAUCCUCCUCUACCUCCUUUGGUCGACCCACUAGACCAACGUCCUUUGGUGCGCCGACAUCGUUUGGACCACCCAAGACUACGCCUGGAUCAGGCGCGGGAUCAAGCUCUUUUGGCCGACCAGCAGGAUUUGGCAGGCCACAAGCAUCAGCGACGUCGUUUGGUGCUCCUACAAGUUUCGGGGCGCCAGCCGUUUCCAGUAGACGUGAAUCUACAACUACAGUUGAUGAUGCGCCGGUACCUACUCCGCCGGCCACUGAGCCCACGAGGGCGGCGCCUGCGACUGAACAGGCGAAGUCGAAGGCACCGACGACUUUUGGUGCAUCUACAAGCUUUGGCGCUCCUAUGAGUUUUGGAAGACCGGGGGAGAGCAAUAUUGAUCCGCAGCUGCGGGAGAUGAAUGUGGGUGAAGCAGCAGCUGCUGCUGUGAGUCUUUUGGAGAAGCGAGCCUCGACGACGCAUGAUGAAGUGGAACCCACCGAUAGCACCGCACCCCUCCCCAAACGCCGCCGUCGCUCCAGCGUCACCUCAACAACCUCCGCCGCAACCAACACAACCACAACCUCCCGUGCCCGUGCCCGUGCCCCCCGCCGUACCUCCUCCCGCCGCCAAGCUCGCUCACCCACCCCCGAAAACGCCGAAGACCUAAGAAUCGACCCAACGACCCUCUCGAUGGCUGAUUUGACCAGGGACAUCAAGAUCGGGAAGAAGAGUUCGAGGUAUGAUGAGCUAAAGAAGGUUGUUGAGGAGGAGAGUAGGAAGCGGAAGGUUAGGUAUCUGGUUAGGAGGGGGAGGAUGACGGUUGAGGAGGCGGAGGCGGCGACGAGAGGGGUUACGAACGGGAAUGAAGAAGGGCAGGAAGCCGAGGGAGAGCAAGGGGAAGGAGAGGAAGGUGAAAAGAAGGAGGAGGAGGGCACGCCGGCGGCGGAGGAUGAUGAUGAAGAGGAGAUCGUGGGCUACAUCGACCGCAGCGACGAAGAAGAAGUCGCAAAGCACGAUGACGGCGAGGAAGAGGAAGAGGAAGAAGACAACGACGAAGACCACAAGAACGAAACACCUGAAGAACGCAUCGCCCGCCUCGCCGCCGCAAACCGCGCAAAACUCCGCGCCUCCGGCCCCACCCAAUCCCGCGCUGCCCCCCGCGUCCGAAUCGUAAACGGCGCAAUCGUCCUCGACGAACAAUCCCUCACCAUCGACCGCGCAGCCCCGCACACCGAUGCCUCCACCCAAAACCUCGAAAUCAUCACCGAAGACGACACGAAUCGUCGUAUCACAUCUCUCACCUAUUCGAAGCGUACGAUGGCGACACGGUGGACGAAGGACAUGACGGAAGAGUUUUACGAGGCAUUGAGGUGUUGGGGAACGGAUUUUGAGAUGAUUACAGGGAUGUGGGGUAGUACGUAUGGAUUUACGAGACGGCAGGUUGUUAAUAAGUUUCGGUGUGAAGAGAAGAAAAAUUCUGGUCGGGUUACACAGGCUCUUGAUCCGAAGAAUCGGAAAGAGGUGGAUAUGGAGGCCUACGCACUCGCAAGCGGACAAACCUUCCGUCCCGUCGAAGAGAUCAACCAAGAACUCGAACAAUUCACACGCGAGAUGGAAGAGGCCCGUCUACGACAAGCAGAAGAGACCCGAGCCCGAGCGGAAGCGCAGAGGGCUGUACAGGAAGCCAAUGCAAAGGCUGCGGAGGGUGGGAAGAAGGGUAGGGGUAAGAAAAAGGUGGAGAUUGAGAGUGAGGAGGUGGUGUUGACGCUGAGUGAUAUUGAGCGUGAGAAGGAGGAGGAAGAGGAGGAGAGGGCGAGGAAGGAGGCGGAGGAGGAGGAGUAUGGGUGGUAG